AUGUCUCGUUCUUUGAAUCCCUUCGCAACAACUCACUCCGAUUCCGGUUCCGAUUCUGACGUUGACUCACUGAGUCAAUUCGUCACCGACCUCUUCGAAAAUCGCUCCUCCGUCGCUCCGGCCUAUCCCUGGGAUGAUGACGAUGAUGAGGAUGAUGAUGAAGGAGACAUAAACCCUUUCUCCGUCUUUGCUCGCGAUCAAGGUGAACCGGAGUUAGAAUUAGGGUUUGGUGAUGAAUAUGAAAAUGAAAUUGAAACUCAGUACAACGAUAAUUAUGAUGAUGUUUUUGAUUUUUCAGUCGGUGGUGGUGAUUCCACUGGGCUUAGGGUUAUUGGAUUUGGUUCUGAUUCGGAAUCGAGUGGUCAUGAUGAAGAAUUUGGUUAUGAGGGAAGAAAUGAUGAUGAGGAUGAUGGGAGGGUUGGUGGAUUGUGUUGGGAAAGUUUUCGUUUGGAGGAUCAUAGGAGUAUUUUGAAUGAUUGGGAGGAAGUGGUGGAAGAGAGGGUGAAUGAGAUUGAAGAUUCUUCUAGUUUGUUGAAUGGUGAGGUUGAGGUUGAUGUUGAUGUUGAUGAUCAGUCGGUGGCGACUGGAUUCGAGGAUGAUGAAGAGGAACAAGGGGAAGAGGCGUUGCGGUAUUUGGAAUGGGAGAUUCUUUUGGCUUUUAACAAUUUCGAGAGGAGUGAUGGAUUGGAACAUGAGGAUGAUAAUAUUAAUAAUUUGUAUUUAGCUGUUCAGGAAGGUUUUAUUUCGGGAAACACUGAUUAUGAUAUUCUUUUCAGUCAGUUAUUGGAGAAUGAGAGUGGUUUGAAGGGUAGUCCACCGGCGGCCAAGAGUUUCGUGGAGAAUCUCCCUUUGGUGGAAUUGACAGAGGAGGAGUUGAAAAAGAAGGAUGUCACCUGUGCCAUUUGUAGAGACGAGGUAAUUGCGGAAGAGAAGGUGAGGAAGCUACCUUGCUCACAUUAUUACCAUGGCGAUUGUAUUUUGCCGUGGUUGAAUAUUCGCAACACGUGUCCUGUUUGUCGGUUCGAAUUGCCAACUGAUGAUGCGGAUUACGAGCAGAGUAAGGCUCAUAGAAUUGCCAGUGAUUUGUUGGAUUUUGCAGCAUAG